UCUUCCCUUUCUCUCUCUCUGCAACUCUCAAUCGCGGAGAAAUUUGAAAAAAUUAAAAAAGAAAAAAAAAAGGAGAAAAAAUGGGGAAGCUUCUCUGCGAUACUUCCGCCAUGGCCGAAACGCUACAAACCCCAUCGCCGAUACUCCCGCCGUGGCCCCCACAAGACCCGAUACCGCCACCAUCCCCUCGCGAAACUGCCAGCCUCCUCCCCCAAACCACCGUUUGGGAUUCCGUAAGCGGUUUAGAGCCCCAGCAAAAGCGGUAUCUAGAAAACCUCUCCUCCAAAGGCGUCUUCUGGAAGUGCCCCGACGGAUCCUCGCCGUCCAUCUCGUCUUCGACCUUCUGCCUCUUUCACGGCGGGGAUGUUGAGGCGGACGGAAAUUGCCUGUUCACGGCCGCGAAGAAGGCGAUGGGAUUGAAGAUCGGAGUGAGGGAUCUGAGGAAUCGGACGGUCAGGAGGUUCUUGGAGGAAUACGGACUGGACGGUGGUGAUCAGAUUGAUGCAGCAAUACGGCAUCUGUAUUCGCCGGAUUUGAAGGCGGGGUGGGGGAUCCACGUGGUGCAGGAGGUGAAGCUGCUGGCGAGGAAGGAUGAAAGGGAGGCGUUGGAUCGGGCAAUCAUGGAGAUGGUAGAAAUCGGGAUGCAGAGGGAAAUGGCUGCGGAGUCCAUAUAUAAGGAGAGAUGCAUUGCCGUGGAUGAUGGUCCAAGUUGGGCCAAGUACAUGUCCAUAUCUGGUUCACCAGAAGAUGAAUAUGAUAUUAUCACCUUGCAAUACACAGAGGAGGGUUUAUUGACGGUAGAUGAGAAUAGGGAGGGCCAUGCAGCUGCUUUUGGUGAUGAUAUAGCGAUAGAGAGUCUUGCAACGGAGUUCAAACGAGAGAUAUAUGUGGUUCAAGCCCAUGGCUCGGAUGCAAUGGUUGAUGAAGAUAAUUGUGUCUUCUUCCUUCCACAUCGUCCCAGGGGUCAAAUUUGUGAACUCCCAUUUUUUCUCUUUAUGAAAGGGACAGGGUGGUGCGGUGCUGGAGCUGAUCAUUAUGAGCCCUUGAUAGCCCAUCCCGCUCCAUUUAUUUCCCAGGAGAAGGCAGCUGUUGUACUUUGAGGACAUUACCGUCCUGCAGUUUUGUGGAUUAGAUGUUGAGUAGAGAGUUGUUCUAUGGUUGUGAGAGUAAUCUAUUUUUGGCGAUUCUUUUCAUAGGGUGCUAGGAGAAAUUUCAUUGCUUCAGUCUCCAUUUAUAACAUGAGCCCGUUUGGAUCAUAUUGACUCUAACCUGUAAGCUACCUACCUGUGCUUGAGACCCUGUUGCACCCAAGUAGUGGUGUUGCCAGCAUAUGCUGUUUUCUUUUUCUUCCUGUUAUUUUCUUGAGCUGGUAGAGCUCGUGUUAUAUUGUGUUGUCAGGCAUUCUGGAUUAUUCAGUGUUGUUCUUUGCCACUUUUCUAUUUAGUAAAUGGCAGAGCCGUGUUUUUUGUCUGUCGA